CACAGACACAACAUGGGGUGCUUCUCAUGUGAAAUAAGAUCAAAUAAAUAAUAAUAAAUAAAAUUACAUUUAGAAAAAAAAGAAAAAAUUAAACAAAAGAAGGGCGUUUUGGGGAAUGUAUUCUCUUUCAAGUGAUGAAGUGUGUGAUUAAAUCCUCUCAUUUCACACAUAAUGUAAGUGAUGUCACUCAUCAUGCUAAUGAGACAGUUCAGAGUUGUCAGUUCAGAAGAUGCUGGUGCAGAGCGCUCAUUUGCAUGCCUAAUUGGUCAGUAUUGGAGAUGCAGCUUUUACAACCACACCCACUCCACUCACUCCAGGUCCAGCAGCGUCCGUCCAUCCAUCCCUCCCUGCUCCAUCCAUCCAUCCAUCCAUCCAUGCCUCUAGCUGGGUGUGUGCAUGUGCAAAAACUCCGCCCCACGCUCGCGCCGCCUACCAAGCGGACCGCAAUGAUUUAGAAGUUCAGGAAUCCCACGUGACGUCACCCGGGGGGAUGACGUUAUGCUUCUCUAAAUAGAUCGUAUUGUAAUCUUUUUACCCAGUCCAACGUGGUUUCUUCUCUCAGAGACCUGCUUCACACAUUUUUCUACACUUGUUUGGUAAGUUUGAGAAAAGCUCGCAACCAGCAUGCAGAGGACCGUGCACGCGCCCCUGCAGUUUUAUGAGAAGGUGGCCAGAGUGAUGAACUCAGACCAGGAAAGGCCGUACGUGUGCAACGCUCCUGGCUGUUCUCAGCGAUUCCCAACGGAGGACCAUCUGAUGAUACAUAGACACAAACAUGAGAUGACCCUUAAGUUCCCCUCCAUAAAGAACGACAACAUGUUAUCAGACCAGACGCCCACACCGACACGUUUCCUGAAGAACUGUGAGGAGGUGGGAUUGUUCAGCGAACUGGACUGCUCCAUUGAGCAGGAGUUUUGCAAGGCCCAGGAAGAAGAGGACACUAAACAGAGCAUCUCACUGCACGGCCAGUCAGGCCAAGGCCAGCAGCACCAGCAGUCCCACUCACGGAUGGGCAACCAUGAUACCAGCAUAGUGAUCCAGCAGGCCCUGCCCUCUCCUCAGUCCAGCUCCGUCAUCACUCAGGCUCCAUCCACCAACAGACAGAUAGGGCCUGUCCCCGGCUCUCUGUCCUCACUGCUGCACCUACGAAACAGACAGCGACAGCCUCUGCCAGCCUCCAUGCCUGGAACGCUGCCAGACCCGACCAUGCCUGGCUCCUCCGCCGUGCUGAUGCCUAUGGAGAGACAAAUGUCCAUGGGCUCUAAUAUGAUGGGUAUGCAAGGACCCCCCCACAGCAGCUCCUGCGCUUCCACUCACAUUCCCUCCAUGCACUCAGAAGCAAAACUGAGGCUGAAGGCUGCACUUUCACACCACCCGGGUACCAUCGCCAACGGCAACAUGAACUCCAUGGGUCACAUGAUGGACAUGAUGUCGUCGCGGCAGGAGCAAGGCGCCCACCAUCACAUGCACUCGCACCCGCACCAGCAGCACCUGCAAGCCCCUCCCCACGCGUACCAGCAGCACCACGGCCACCACCACAUCAGCCAGGGCCACGGACAGGGUGGACACCACCACCCGCAGCAGGGACACAACCCCCAUCACAACUCCCACAAUCCCCACCUCCAUGGCGGGCACCCACACCAGACCUCGCCGCACCCUCCAAUGCACUCCGCAUCACAUAUGUCACCUGCAACCCAGCAGAUGCAUCCCACGCAGACGCUGCAGUCUCCGCCACCCAGCGGCGGGCGGCGCAGACGAGUAGUGGACGAGGAUCCGGACGAACGUCGGCGGAAGUUUCUGGAGCGGAACAGAGCGGCAGCAACAAGAUGCAGACAGAAGAGAAAAGUGUGGGUGAUGUCGCUAGAGAAGAAAGCGGAAGAGCUCACUCAGACCAACAUGCAGCUUCAGAAUGAAGUGACCAUGCUGAAGAACGAGGUGACCCAACUCAAGCAGCUUCUCCUCACACACAAGGACUGUCCCAUCACCACUAUGCAGAAAGAGUCCCAAGGUUACCUCACACCUCCGCGCACAGAGGCAGCCGAGACUCGAUGUGAGAAAGACGUCACGGGCUGCACGUUGGCAUCCAAACUCUUAUGGAUGCCCCGAGAUCUCACUGAUUACCGGACUGCGCCUCGGCUCAGCCGCGCAUGACAUCAGAGCCCCACCCUUUGAUACGGAUACAAGUGACAUUUCCACGUAAUUAGGAUAAGGCACCUCCCUGUGUGGCUUUAGCGCAGGAAAAUAAGGCUCACAUCCCGCUUGGCUGAAUGGUUCUUUUAUACAGGAGAGAGCCAACUCCCAGACUGGGCUGGGAGACUUUCAUCGAUGAGUCUAGCUUGUGUACAGAUGUCACCUUCAAUGUGUCCAGACUUCAGCAGGCGUGUUUAUGGAGUUGAGUGAUUCACUUUUCCAUUUUUGUGCUAUCCAUUUAUGGCUUGUUUUUGGAUGACAGGUGAGAAUUAAGUGUGUUUGACAUUCAUCUGUUUCUGCUAAUAAAGCUUUUAUUUUUACAAUAAUGAAAUUUGGUCUGUGUUUAUUUUGAUAUUAUUUAUCAUCAUUUGUUUUACUACAUUAUAUUUUGAAGCUUCUGUGUAGAACUUGAAGGUUUGUAGUAUUUACACUACUCUACACACAUCCUCAUUGAUGUCU